UUCCCACCCGGGGCUUCGCCGGCUUCUAACCACGGCCGCUCUCGGUGAGGAAACUCUGGCCUCCGCUUCCUCCUCCUCCGACUCGGACACCGGCGGAGCGUCGCCGCCCCCACGGAAGAAACACCGAGCCUCGGCGGCGGAGGGAGCAGGAGAGUCCGGGGAUUCAACAGUUGCGACAGGCCUUUCUGGAGUUGUUUUGGGACUUGCUACUACUUCUCCACAUCACCAAGCCACCUCUGCUAUUCACUUUAACCGGACCCUUGUCAACAAUCUCAGCGGCAAUAACAUGCAGUCAAACGGGGCAGGACAGGGACAGGAUUCAGAGCUUUCCUGCCUGAACAGCGCGCAAAACGGGGAGUCAUCCUCGGCUGGGGGAACGCACUUCAACGGGCUUCUGGUCAGCACAAACAAUGGGAAUGGUGUCGGUACCAAUAACGGAGCCGGACCGGGCUCAGGGACUUCCACAGCCUCUGGUUCGGAGGUCGGCUCCAUGAAAAAGAAGAAACGCCUUUCGCAGUCGGAGGAAGAUGUCAUCCGAUUAAUAGGACAACAUCUCCACGGGUUAGGGCUAAAUCAAACAGUGGACCUGCUAAUGCAGGAGUCGGGCUGCAGACUGGAACAUACCUCAGCCACAAAGUUCCGCAACAACGUCAUGGAGGGGGAGUGGGAAAAGGCUGAGAAUGAUCUCAACGAGCUGAGGGCACUGAUGCAUUCUCCCAACGCUAUUGUGCGUAUGAAGUUCCUGCUCCUGCAGCAGAAGUAUCUGGAGUAUUUGGAGGACGGGAAGGUUCUCGAGGCUCUGCAGGUGCUCAGGGGAGAGCUCACGCCGCUCAAGUACAACACGGACCGCAUCCAUGUUCUCAGCGGGUAUCUGAUGUGUAGCCAUGCAGAGGACCUGCGCGCCAAGGCAGAGUGGGACGGCAAAGGCGCAAAUUCACGCUGCCGACUGCUGGACAAGCUACAGACGUACCUGCCCCCGUCGGUGAUGCUUCCCCCACGCAGGCUGCAGACCCUGCUGAGACAGGCUGUGGAGCUGCAGAGGGACCGCUGCCUCUACCACAACACCAAACUGGACAGCAGCCUGGACUCUGUCUCCCUGCUCCUGGACCACGUCUGCAGCCGGUCAGCAACACACUCAGGGAAGCAGUUCCCGUGCUACACGCAGCAGAUCCUCACAGAGCACUGUAACGAGGUGUGGUUUUGUAAGUUCUCCAACAACGGCACCAAGCUGGCCACCGGCUCCAAAGACACCACCGUCAUCAUCUGGCAGGUGGACCCUGAGAGCCACCAGUUGAAGCUGCUGCGGACCUUAGAGGGCCAUGCCUACGGUGUGUCCUACCUGGCCUGGAGCCCUGACGACGCCUACCUGAUCGCCUGCGGACCCGAUGACUGCUCUGAACUCUGGCUCUGGAACGUCCAGACGGGCGAGUUGCGGACCAAGAUGAGCCAGUCCCACGAGGACAGUCUGACCAGUGUGGCCUGGAACCCUGACGGGAAACGCUUUGUCACCGGGGGACAGAGGGGACAGUUCUACCAGUGUGACCUGGAUGGUAACCUGUUGGACUCGUGGGAGGGCGUGCGUGUGCAGUGCCUCUGGUGUGUGGGGGACGGCAGGACUGUGCUAGCGUCAGACACUCACCAGCGGAUCCGGGGUUACAACUUUGAGGACCUAACGGACAGAAACAUAGUUCAGGAGGACCAUCCUAUCAUGUCUUUCACUGUUUCCAAGAACGGAAGAUUAGCUUUGUUAAAUGUAGCAACUCAGGGAGUGCAUCUUUGGGACCUGCAGGACCGAGUGUUGGUGAGGAAGUACCAAGGUGUGACCCAGGGCUUCUACACCAUCCACUCCUGCUUCGGAGGCCACAAUGAAGACUUCAUUGCCAGCGGCAGCGAAGACCAUAAGGUCUAUAUCUGGCACCGACGCAGUGAGCUACCCAUCGCUGAACUAACAGGGCACACUCGCACAGUCAACUGCGUAAGCUGGAACCCUGCCAUCCCAGGCCUCAUGGCCUCCGCCUCGGACGAUGGCACUGUGCGUGUCUGGGGCCCCGCACCCUUCCUCGACACACAGGUGGUCGAUGGGCUCAACGAGAACUGCAGCAACAUGGACAGUUGAUGGUGACGUUGGAAUGGAAAACUUAUUCUCUUUUACAUCAAGAAAUAAAACCAACCAACAAGAAAUAAACAUCAAAACGAGAACGAAAUCCAAAACCUUACAAAACAGAGAAAAGUAAAUCAAUUGUCUCAUGACCGGGCAAAACUAUGGAGGUGAGGAUGAAAACACUCUUACAAAACUAGGUCUUCAUCCAAAACCAGAACCAGUGACUUGGAAGACCAGUGACCUGGGAAAUCGAUCUGAUCCAUUGGUACUCCCUGCUGGCUCCCUCUUCUUCCACCCCACCCCCUUUCCCAGCAAGGCCACAGCCACACCAGGGGCUCUCCCCUGAAUAUUCCCCUGGAAACCCACCUCUUCCCUGGGCCUCAGGCACAGCAUCACGCCCCUGACCCCUUCAGACAGCCAUUACAGACCAUCUACACGGAUUGGACCGUGUCUGUCAUCUGUCUCUCUCACCUACCCGUGUGUGUCCAUGGGGAGGGUGUUGUGUGUCCAUGUGGAGGGUGUUGUGUGUCCAUGUGGAGGGUGUUGUGUGUCCAUGUGGAGGGUGAUGUGUGUCCAUGGGGAGGGUGAUGGGGUGUUAAAAGGGGUGGAGGGGGUUAUAGCAACUCUUCUGUUUAUUCUGUUCUCCUUUCUCCUCUUGCUCCUUUCUUCGCACUUGAGUUGUUGGAUGAAAGCAAAAAAUCAACACAAAACCAACCAACCGACAAAGAAAAACUCAAAAGGCUAUGCUUACUUUGGAUUUUUUUUUUACGAUAGUCAUAGCAUUCUUAUUGUUAUCAUUUAACAGGUGAAUCCUAGGGGUGAACUAGGAGUAGUGGCCGUGGAGUGCUUUCGUGUGAAGAAUACUCUCUCAAUUAGGAAAAGCUAUUUUUAUCCCUUGUUUAAAGUCUAACACAGACACACUCGCGCCAAUGUCCCAACGAGUCGCACCCUCUGACUCCCCCUAUCUCCCGCUUCCGAGUUUAAGCUAUCAACCGCACAGCUCACAGUUCCACUAGAUCUGCCUGUUGGGAGGGGGUAAAGGUCAGCUGUCAAAGGUGAGAGGUCAGUGGUAGCUGGUGUAGUGUGGUUGCGUCUCCGCUGUAGGGCCAAGCGUGAACAAGUCCUCGUUGAGUAUCUCUAAGAAUGACAUACUCUUGGAUGUAGAGGUCUGUACAUGCAACUUGCCGUACACUGAGGACUGUACCUGUCCUUCCUCUGUGUGUGUGUGUGUGUGUGUGUGUGUGUGUGUGUGUGUGUGUGUGUGUGUGUGUGUGUGUGUGUGUGUGUGUGUGUGUGUGUGUGUGUGUGUGUGUGUGUAUGAGUGAACUUCUGUGUUUUUGUUUAGGUGAGUGAAUGCAGGGGCAUGCACACCAGCAGAAGAUCAUGCUUUCCCCUCCUCCUCCAGUGAAAUUAUAAAGAGGAUUUUAAUCCCAUUCAAAUUAAUCCAAAACCCCAGAGCGACCUCUAUCUGUGGAACAAAGAAUACUCGGAGAGCCAUUUUGUAGAAACUCUUUUUUAAUUUUUUUUAUUUUUAACUUGGGCUUUUCUUUUUACAUUUGACUUUGCUUUUUUAUAUAUUUCUCCUUAACAACACCUACCAUUGGAAUGGCACUGAGAUACCGGAGUUGGAUCAGUUUUGUGUGGAAAAUUCACAGCUUUACAGAGUUUUCCCCUUUGCACACACACCCCCGCCUGUCCCCUCCAGACACACACCCACAUGUACGCCCAAAACACGUCGCUGAGGUCUACCCCUAGUCACACCUUUGACAGAGCUGGAUAGGUAUAGGCAAGGUUUUAUGGGUGGAAGUGAUCAUAUUGGAAUCUGGCUCACGCCACACUUCCAUGCACCCUACACAGUACACAGUAGUACAGCGUUCUUAAUGUUUAGCAUACACAACCAAACACAACCUCCGGCAUAUACACAGGCAUAGCUGCUCCAUCUUACAUAGGCUUACAGCCCUUACUGAGCAAGACUGAUUUCUGCACAACACCCCUUUCUCUCCAGCCAAGUCCUCCUUUUCAGUGAUGAAGGCACCAUACAGAGCUUUCUUCCUCCCGAUUCGGGGUAUGUAAUGACUAUUUGCUAUGGACUGAUAUUAAAUGUUUAAAAAGAACGCUUUUCUGUCAGUUUUUAUGAAAUAUUUUCUUACUUUCAUUUUUUGUUCUCAUUAUAUCAUUUCAUUCUCUCUCCCUGUAUUAUCAUAUUAAAAUAUAACCAGACAACUGGUGUCCUAUAUAUUUUUUUAAAUUCAUCUUAUGAUUAGUUUUGUCUUUCGGGUUUCAUUUUUACUUAUCCACUACUUCUUACAUAUUAAUAGUGAAUAUGCACAGUAACACUCAUGCCAAUAUGAGUGGGGUGACUUAUGUUUUGGGAGCGUGUUACCUUAAGAAUCAGGUUUAAAAUGUCCACCCCUCGUCUUUUAAAAGUGAGACAUUGUGCAGUGAUUCAAUACUCAAGUCUCUGUAGAAUACGUUCAGGACAAAAAAAAAGUGCUUUUUUUUGUGCCACUGUUGGUUGCGUUUGCUGUUUCUACCCCUACCAAAAUCAAAGCACUUGAGACUCGAUCGUGGCUCUGUAGGUAUGUGUGAUUCCAUGAUCUGUGUUUCACAUUCUGGAAUGGUGCUUUUCCCAUUCUAGAACCUUCCAUCUCUUGGACUCCUGAAUGGACUUGAACUGCCCAUCCACACCUUAUGUCAUGUCUGAGGAGUUGAGGCAAAUAAAAAGUGAAGAACCCAAAAGCUUUCACAAAGUUAUAAUUCACCUGCUGGUGACAUGCUAUGUCUGAAUGCAACUUGGUGUCUACUCUUCCUUUGUCUUGGAGUUUCUAGGACUGUUUAUGAUUUGAUGCUAAUAACUAUCUUAUUUCUCUCUCUGGAGGUGUUGGGGCUGGGUGGGGGAGUAAGGGUUUACGGUAGCAGAUUAAAAGAGUAAUUGUGGGACGGGGAUCUGUUUGCGUUUGUUUUAUUUACAAAAGUGAUUGUACUGUUUUGUAUCGUUGUGUAGGAGAAGUGUUGUGUGCAUAUUUUCAAUAAAGCUUUCAGGGUUUUGAAAAAGA